AUGAUUCUGAAUUGGACAGCACUAUUUACGUUACUUGGUUUGGUUCACGUUGCAACUGCAUCUCAUACCGUAUACAAGAGUUCCAAUCGAAUAAUAUUCCAGAAUGGUGCAAUUCCCAAAAAUAUCGCCGAAUCGUUUGUUGCCAUGAACGAGGAUAUCAAAGAGACAGCCCAAUUUGAAAUCUUGAACAUGCAUACAAAAUAUCACAAUGGAUCGUAUCUAUGCCACUUGCCUCGUGAAAAAGAGAUCGAUUUACGUAUCCCCAGCCCGGGAACCCCUACAUCUGAAUUGAAAAAGAAAGCAAUGGAUAUCAUCCAAAAGACAUUUUCUACAGACAAUUGUACAUUCUCGUUCAAUCUACAUGAUGGGUAUUGGACAAUUGCGUACUGUUUUGGUGAUAAAGUGAUUCAGUUCCAUGAAUCAUUGCAGCAUUAUUUAAGUGGUAAACAUGAGCCCCAUUUCCCCAUGCACGUAUAUACCUUAGGAAGAUUCCCUGGCAGUGAAAAGAUUAACAAGAACAUCAAGAUUGAAAACCAAGCCAAAGGGUUAGAGACGAAGUUGGAUGAGACUGAUUUCACAAUUUUUGACGGGGAAUAUAGUUACUUUAGUACGAAUCAACCGGACUCGGAAACAAACACGCAAAAGUUCAUCAAGCAUACCCUUUCCAGUGGUGAGAUUUGUGAUUUGACAAUGAAGCCGCGUACCAUAGAUAUUGUGUACCAGUGCGAUCAAUCGGUAGCUGGUCCUAGCAAAUUACUCCAAUUUCAAGAAAUCAAGACAUGUCAGUAUCAGAUGAUUAUUCAUGUCCCGGGACUUUGUGCACUUGAAGAAUUUAAACGGAAUAUCAUCCAUGACAAUGUUGUGGAUAUGGAAUGCAAAAAGAUCGACGAUAGCAGGGAUAGCGACAAGAAUAUUUCCUAUUCUGACUUUUUCAGUUAUACCGAGACUGUUCCAGUGUUGGGACUUCCUCCAACCAAAAAUGUGAAAGUUAAUUUACAAGACUAUAGUUUGACACCAUGUGGAGGAGGAUACUUUUUAGGAACAAAAAAGACAGAAUCAAAGACGGGGAACCCUUACUGGGAUCGUAGAAGAAUAUUCAUUUAUAGUGGGAUUAAACCGCAAGAAGAUCUAGUGGAGGAGUUUGGACGAAUGCUCUUGUCGGUACUUGAUCACAAGAUCCCAUCUCCUUUGGUGAAUGAAAAGAAAUUGGAAUUGCUAUUACUGUGGAAUGAUUCGUUUACAAUGUGGUAUGAAAUGUAUGAUUAUACCGGUAAUUUCAUGUCGUUAUUUAGAGUUAGACGAGGAGAUCACAAAACACAUCUGCUUGAAGUUGAAACUUUUGAUCCGAGUGUGUUGAAUGGGGCCAAUGGUAUGUUGUCCAAGUUUGAAGCACCCAACAACAACUGGAAUUUUGAGCAUUUUCUGAGAUCAAAGUUUCCUAACAUUAUCCGAGAACCGGCCCUUGAAGCCAAGACACAAACGGUCACCGUCACAGUUACAAAUAGUGAAUUGGAUGUUGAAACUGAUGAAAGUGUCGUUUCCACUGAAACUACUGUGGUUCGUGUCAUCACUGAGGGGCAGAAGAAAGAAAUAGAUCCCAAGCUAGUUCAACGUAAUAUCCAGGGAGUAGUGGAGGUUGAAUUCGAGGGAAAGAAUCUGGUUGAGUUUGAAGAAAUGAUUUCUGAACUUCAAAGCGCCAUAAGCUCGGCUAAAGCACAAAAUGAGGAGCUUGACAUAGGAGAAUAUUUGCAAAAAAACUUCAACGUUAAGGUUGUGACUGAUACUAAUACCGACUCGGAUAGCUCCAACUCAGAGGAAACUGAAGCUGUAGUCCAUGAUGAGUUGUAG